CUCAUCGUCGCUGUCAGCGCUGCGGGUCCCCGCAGCUGUCACUCGCGCACAGGUCACAAUUUGGGUUCGCAGCAAAAAUGCUUUCAGAACAGACAGCAUCCCUGGGAACAGGAUGGGAGUCGAUGAAUGUCCAGCUGGAUGGAGCAGAGACCCAGGUGGAAAGGGGAAGCCAACAAGAGGGGCCAUGGAGAAUGGCACCAGGGCCACUGGAACACCUGUGCUGUAACCUUGAAGAGCCACAGUCCCUUCAGGAAAAGGCUCAGUCGGCUCCCUGGGCUCCUGCCAUUCCCCAGGAGGGGAGCACUGGAGAUUGGGAGAUGGCAGCUGCACUUCUUGCAGCCGGAUCACAGGGCCUGGUAACCAUCAAGGAUGUGUCACUGUGCUUUUCUCAGGAGGAGUGGCGGAGCCUGGACCCUUCUCAGACAGACUUUUAUGGAGAAUAUGUCAUGCAGGAAAACUGUGGCAUAGUGGUCUCUCUAAGAUUUCCAAUUCCCAAGCUGGACAUGCUUUCUCAGCUAGAAGGAGGGGAAGAACAAUGGGUCCCUGACCCGCAGGACUUAGAGGAGAGGGACAUCCUGAGGGUAACAUAUACAGGAGAUGGAAGUGAGCAUGAGGGGGAUACUCCUGAAUUAGAAGCAGAACCUCCCAGAAUGUUGUCUAGUGUAUCUGAAGAUACUGUUCUCUGGAACCCAGAGCAGGAGGAGAGCUGGGAUUCUAUGCCCAGAAGCUCCAGAGAAAUGCUUCUGGGCCCACCUUUUCUUCAGGAAGAUAGCUUCUCAAGCCUUCUGUGUAGCACCGAGAUGGAUUCCCUGUUAAGACCACACACAUGCCCCCAGUGUGGGAAACAGUUUGUGUGGGGCUCCCACCUUGCCAGGCACCAACAAACUCACACUGGGGAGAGGCCCUACAGCUGCCUCAAGUGUGAGAAAAGCUUUGGGCGAAGACAUCACCUGAUCCGGCACCAGAAAACCCACCUACAUGACAAGCCCAGCAGGUGCUCUGAGUGUGGCAAGAAUUUCCGAUGCAACUCCCAUCUGGCCAGCCACCAGAGAGUGCAUGCAGAAGGCAAGUCCUGCAAAGGGCAAGAAGCUGGAGAGAGCCCUGGAGCGAGGAAACGGCAGCGCACCCCACCAGUGCCAAAGUGUCAUGUGUGCACUGAGUGUGGGAAGAGCUUUGGCCGACGGCACCACCUGGUGAGACACUGGCUGACCCAUACUGGGGAGAAGCCCUUCCAUUGCCCUCGCUGUGAGAAGAGCUUUGGCCGUAAACAUCACCUGGACAGGCACCUGCUGACCCACCAGGGACAAAGUCCCCGGAGCAGCUGGGACAGAGGGACAUCUGUCUUUUGAAUUCUGUUUCUGCUGUAGCUGUGGUCACAUCUAUCAGCUGGUGCUACCAGGAGUCUUUGCCAGAGCUUCCCCUUUUCUACCCCCAAUGGCCAGGAUCAUGAGCCUUGCCCUUAUCCCUAGAAAGAUGUGGUUUCAGCAUUGGCCAGAGCAUUUUUCACCAGUUCUGUGAAAUACCACAUAAAAUAAGAGUUCUUUGGGCAAAACUUUUGGGAAACAAUGAUUACUACAUGGGUUGAUAUUCAGCCUGAGCCUGUUCUCAAGGGUACAGUGGUACCAGCGGUUUAUGGCUGAGGUCAAUUCUGACUGAUUGGAGCCUAUGCCAUACCAGUUGUUAAAUACUUUGAGUAUCACCAUUGUGUACUAUAACUGUUAUAUUCUCAUAUUCUCUCUACACACACACACACACACACACACACACACACUCACACACACACACACACACACGGAGACCAUGUUGGCAUAGUAAAAGCUCUGAAAAUUUAUGCAGUA